GUUGUUCCAACAAUCCUGGAGAAAUUUAAAGAGAAGAAGCCUCAGGUGGUGCAGGCACUGCAGGAGGCCAUUGAUGCAAUCUUUCUUACAACCACGUUGCAGAACAUAAGUGAAGAUGUGUUGGCAGUGAUGGACAACAAAAACCCCACAAUUAAACAACAAACAUCCCUUUUCAUUGCAAGGAGCUUCCGUCACUGCACACCUUCUACGCUGCCAAAAAGCCUGUUAAAACCUUUCUGUGCUGCACUUCUCAAGCAUAUCAAUGAUUCUGCUCCUGAAGUCAGGGAUGCUGGAUUUGAGGCAUUAGGCACUGCCCUGAAAGUGGCUGGAGAGAAAGCUGUGAAUCCUUUUCUAGCAGAUGUAGACAAACUAAAACUUGAUCGGAUUAAGGAAUGUGCUGAGAAGGUAGAAGUGGUUUAUGGCAAAAAGACAGGAGGAGCUGCUGAGAAAAAAGAAGGCAAGGCUAUUCCUGGAAAGACCCCUGCUCUUUCAGGGACUGGUGGAGAUAAAGAAACAAAAGAUACAGCAACCAAAUCAGGACCACUGAAAAAAGCACCUGCUGUGAAGCCUGGGGGCCCACCCAAGAAAGGCAAACCAGCUGCAGCUGCAGGUGUGGGAGGGGCUGGGGCUAAAGGCAAGAAGGGCCCUGAGACCAAAGAAGUGUUUGAGUCGGAACUCUCGAUAGAGGUAUGUGAAGAGAAAGCUGCUGCUGUCCUUCCAGCUUCUUGUAUCCAGCAGCUGGACAGUGGUAACUGGAAAGAGAGGCUUGCCUGCAUGGAGGAAUUUCAGAAGGCUGUUGAGCUUAUGGAGAGAAGUGAAAUGCCUUGCCAAGCUCUAGUAAGAAUGCUUGCCAAGAAGCCUGGUUGGAAGGAAACAAAUUUUCAGGUGAUGCAGAUGAAACUGCAUAUAGUUGCAUUAAUUGCACAGAAGGGAAACUUCUCCAAAACUUCAGCACAGGUUGUGCUGGAUGGUCUUGUAGACAAGGUUGGUGAUGUGAAGUGUGGGAGUAAUGCAAAAGAAGCCAUGACAGCAAUAGCAGAGGCAUGCCAGCUGCCAUGGACUGCAGAGCAGGUUGUGGCUAUGGCUUUCUCACAAAAGAACCCUAAAAACCAGUCGGAAACUUUGAACUGGCUUUCAAAUGCAAUUAAAGAGUUUGGCUUUUCUGGACUAAACGUCAAAGCCUUCAUCAGUAAUGUGAAGACAGCUCUUGCUGCAACUAACCCAGCUGUAAGGACCUCUGCCAUUACCUUGCUGGGAGUCAUGUAUCUUUAUGUGGGGCCUCCUUUGCGGAUGUUCUUUGAGGAUGAGAAGCCAGCCCUUCUCUCCCAGAUAGAUGCAGAAUUUGAAAAGAUGCAAGGGCAGACAGCCCCAGUCCCAACUCGUGGCAUUUCCAGGCAGAGUGGGGGUGGUGGGGAUGAUGGUGAGGAAGAGGAACAGGAGGAUGUUGCAAAUGAUGUUGUGGAUCUCUUGCCAAGAACAGAUAUUGGUGAUAAGAUCACAGCUGAACUGGUGUCUAAAAUUGGGGACAAAAACUGGAAGAUCAGAAAGGAAGGCCUGGAUGAAGUGACAAGCAUAAUAAAUGAUGCUAAAUUUAUAGAGCCAAACAUAGGAGAACUUCCAGCUGCUUUGAAGAGUCGACUCAAUGACUCCAAUAAAAUCUUGGUGCAACAAACACUGAGCAUUCUUCAACAGCUAGCAACAGCAAUGGGCCCCAAUAUCAAACAGCAUGUGAAAAAUUUGGGCAUCCCUGUCAUUACAGUCCUAGGAGACAGUAAGAAUAACGUUCGUGCUGCUGCACUGGCAACUGUCAACGCCUGGGCUGAACAAACUGGUAUGAAGGAGUGGUUGGAAGGGGAAGACCUGUCUGAGGAGCUCAAAAAAGAAAAUCCUUUCCUAAGACAAGAGCUCCUUGGUUGGUUGGCUGAGAAGUUGCCUGUCCUCCGUUCUGUUCCUUCUGACCUAAUCUUGUGUGUGCCUCACCUCUACUCCUGCCUCGAGGAUCGGAACGGGGAUGUGCGGAAGAAGGCACAGGAUGCCCUGCCCUUCUUCAUGAUGCAUCUGGGCUUUGAGAAGAUGGCAAAAGCCACCAGCAAGCUGAAGCCAACUUCCAAAGACCAGGUACUGGCCAUGCUUGAGAAAGCCAAAGCCAACAUGCGAGCCAAACCAGCUCCUCCUGCUAAAGCCUCUUCCAGAGCAGUAGGGGGAGGACCUCCAGCCAAAUUCCAGCCUGCAUCAGCACUUGCUGAAGAUUCAGGGUCCAAUAUCAUGGAUUCCAAGCCUGAUCCCAAAAAAGCCAAAGCAGGAGGAGUCUCCUCUAAAGCUAAGGGUGUGCAGGGGAAGAAAGUGCUAAGCAAGCCUAAUUUAAAGGAAGAUGAUGAUAAAUCAGGUCCUAUUUUUAUCAUAGUCCCAAAUGGGAAAGAACAGAGGAUGAAAGAUGAGAAAGGUCUAAAGGUGUUAAAGUGGAAUUUCACAACUCCCCGUGAUGAAUAUAUCGAGCAGCUAAAAACCCAAAUGUCCAGUUGUGUGGCCAAGUGGCUGCAGGAUGAGAUGUUUCAUGCAGACUUUCAGCACCACAACAAAGCACUUGCUGUUAUGAUUGAGCACUUGGAGAGUGAAAAAGAUGGAGUUAUCAGCUGCCUGGAUCUGAUCUUAAAAUGGCUUACCCUGCGGUUCUUCGAUACCAACACGAGCGUUCUGAUGAAAGCACUUGAAUAUCUUAAACUGCUUUUCAAUUUGCUGAGUCAGGAAGAAUAUCACCUUACUGAAAAUGAAGCAUCCUCUUUCAUCCCCUAUCUUGUCCUGAAGGUGGGAGAACCAAAGGAUGUCAUCCGCAGGGACGUACGUGCCAUUCUGAACAGGAUGUGUCUCAUCUACCCAGCCAGCAAGAUGUUCACUUUCAUCAUGGAGGGGACAAAAUCCAAAAACUCAAAACAGCGUGCAGAAUGCCUGGAAGAACUUGGAUGCCUGGUGGAAUCCUAUGGUAUGAAUGUAUGCCAGCCAACUCCAGGAAAAGCCUUAAAAGAAGUGGCCACUCACAUUGGUGACAGGGACAACACCGUGCGCAACGCUGCGCUCAACACCAUUGUGACUGUCUACAACGUUCAUGGGGACCAGGUCUUCAAGCUGAUUGGAAAU